CAGCUGUACUGCAGGGAGCUGACAGGAGCCUCUCCCGCUUAACAAUUUCACGUGGAAAUUUUUCCAUCAUGACAUUUUCGAUUUGAAUUUUGUUUCCUCAACGCGUUUAUAAAGGCAGGGUUAAAUGCAGUUCACUGACUGAAAGGAUAUCCUUUUAAAAGACUGCUGCUUACUUAGUCCUCACCAUGGCGACGGUUGUGAUGGAGCAGAUUGGGCGCCUGUUUAUCAAUGCACAGCAGCUUCGUCAGAUCCCCCGUUUCCUGGAGUCUGCCUUCCCUACUUUGCCUUGUACUGUGAUGGUCAGUGAUGUGCCGUGGGUAUUCCGCGAGUCACACAUUUUCACAGGCUACAGGCCACCAGAUCAGAGCUGGCGCUACUACUUCCUAACUCUGUUCCAGAGGCAUAACGAGUCUUUAAAUGUGUGGACACACCUGCUGGCCUCCCUCAUUAUAUUAGUCAAGUUUCAGGAGCUGUCUGAAACUGUGGACUUCCUGCGUGACCCUCACGCCCAGCCGCUUUUCAUCUUGCUCCUAGCUGCGUUUACCUACCUGGCCUGUAGCGCACUGGCCCACCUACUCUCAGCCAAAUCUGAGCUCUCCCACUACACUUUCUAUUUCUUGGACUAUGUGGGUGUAGCUGUAUAUCAGUAUGGCAGUGCCCUGGCCCAUUUUUACUAUGUUGUUGAAGAAGAAUGGCACUCUCUAGUGCGAAGUUUAUUCUUGCCAGCUGCAGGCUUUUUGGCCUGGCUGUCUUGCACAGGCUGCUGCUACGGCAAGUACGCCAGCCCAAGCAUGCCUAAGUUUGUUCACAAGCUAUUCCAGGUGGUGCCCUCGGGCCUGGCCUACUGUUUAGAUAUCAGUCCAGUGUUCCAUCGCAUCUAUAAAUGCUACAGCUCCGAGCAGGGCUGUGCAGACCAGGCAGUGAUCUACCACUGCUAUCAGGUCCUUUUCUUUUUGAUUAGUGCCUACUUCUUCUCGUACCCUCACCCGGAGCGCUGGUUCCCUGGAUGUUGUGACUUCAUCGGACAGGGCCAUCAGAUCUUCCACGUUUUCCUCGUGCUCUGCACUCUAGUGCAGAUUGAAGCAGUCCGACUGGAUUAUAGUGAGAGAAGACCUCUCUACGAACGUCUCCAUGGUGACUCGCUGGCUCACGAUGCGGUGGCUCUGUUUAUCUUCACAGCAUGUUGCAGUGCACUCACUGCUUUCUAUGUGCGCAAACGGGUGAAGGCAUUUCUAGAAGAAAAGCAACAGUAGAAGUUUUGGCAAGAUAAGGGUCUGGGACAAGAUAACCAUGCUUGCACAUGUGGGAAAGAUUGCACUGGUCUACAACUGAAAUGACUAAUAGAAUGCAAAAGACCUACUUCCUAUUUCUUGUUUAUUUGUUAUUCAUGAUUUUGUUCUGUGGCCUGCCAGUGCUGUUUACCAAACUGGUGACAUGCUUUAAAACUGCAAUACACAGACAGUAACUCUAAAAAAUGGAUUGCCUACUGAAAGGUUUUGUGCUCAACUCUUAAGCUAAUCUUAUUGACGACUGCCAUUACACCCCAUUUAACACAGCAUUUAUGUGUGAUCUAUGAGGUGGUAUCCGCCUUUUUGCUGACAGAUCACUUUGCAUACAGGAACCAUUGUAGAUAGUUUAGGUGGAUCACCACUGGAUUUGUACAGACUUGCAUUGUGCCUCUAAAUCUGACCUCAUCUAGGUGCAUUAAUGCUUGGGCGCAGUAUGCUACUCUUAAAUCAAUGUUACACAUCAGUAAACAUAAUUGCCAUGCCAUCAGACCAUUGCAUACCAGUGUGGCAACAUAACUCAUUUGGAUGUCAAAGUUAAACAUGCAGAUCAUGAAUAAAUAUAUAU